AUGCGUACUGACAUUCCUGCGCCGCCUGGCGUGCCCAUUCUGGGCAAUAUCUUCGACGUCGACCCCGAUGAGACUUGGAACUCGCUUAACAAGCUGGCCAAGAAAUAUGUCGCAUCGCUGGCCCCAUCUUUAAGAUCAAGGUCCUGGGCCACCAAAUCUGGGUUUCGGUAUUCGGUGCACGACAGUUUGUUCAAGACAUACGACAACGAGAAGAGCUGUGGCAUCGCCCACCGCAUCAUGAAGCCGCACGUCACACAGGAAGCAACUGACGCCGCGUUCAACGAUAUGACCGAGGUUGUCCCGGACUUGGUCAAGAAGUGGAGCUCAGGCACCAAGCAGCGCGUUAAGGCGACCGAUGAUCUAUCCGGAUCUAUUGCUACUGGCAUCGUUCCAGAGCUCGCCAGCAAGGAUAUGCUAGAUCCACUAUUGAACAGCGUCGAUCCCGAAAGCGACGAGAAGCUCAAGGAAUCUGGCCCAAUCGAUCUUGCUCACUUGAAGCAGCUGAACUGCGUCGAGGCGAUCCUGCGCGAGUCCAUCCGCCUGUCCGCGACCGCGCCAGGCUUCAACAUCGAGCCUAUCCCUCUCAAGGACAAGGCAGGUAAGACCCCCGUCCUCCUCGCCGGCGGUCUGUACCAGAUCCUGUAUAACCAGACUAUGAUUGCCGUGCUAAAAUCGGUCAACCGCCAUCCGGCUGUCUUCGAAUACCCCGAGGAGUUCCGGCCAAAACAGGUCCCUCGGCGAGAAGUGGGACAAGCUGCCCGCGGCCGCGAAAAACGGCUUCGCAUCCUCAAUGAUGUUUUGUUUGAACUGGAGGAUCCAAACUACAAGCUUCACGCCAACAGUGCGUUCAGUAUUAAACCGCUGGACCUUUAUGUCCUCGUGAGCCCCCGCCAGAAGUAA